AUGGUGGAGCGGUGGAUCAAUAGAAUUUCACCGGACGCCCCAACAGAUGAACAGACAUCGCCCACGAAAAUGGAGAUCACCUCCACGUCCAAGUCCUUCCACAGCGAACUCUUCAUCUCCGAUCACACUCCAACCUGUGGCGUCACCAACCUCCCCAGUACUAGCAGUAGUGGUGGUGGGGAUGGUGAUGAGAUCUCCAAAGGUAGAGUGGACUACGACUACCACGUGCAGCAGCAGCAGCAGCAGUCACAGGGAUGUUGCGCUAGUGGCGGUGGUGUUGGUUGCAAUGAAGUUGUGGCAGACCAAGGCUACACGACGAAUGCCUUAAGUAGAAAUCGUCUUUCGCCACAGCCAAAACCUGUAGGCGACAACCACCAAUAG